AUGCUUCACAAUAGGGUAAAAAGAAUCAACGGACUAUCCACAAUAAGGGUCUCCACUUCGCACUGUGUGGAAAGCAUGGCAUCCCAAGCCCUGAGAGAUGCGUACAAAGAACGGUUUCUACCACGGCAAUAUCUGGAUGAGCUUGUUUUUGGGAAAUAUUCCUCUUCCCAAAUAGAACGACUCCACAAUUUCUUUCAAUCGGAUCUGAUUCAGGGCGAGACUCUGUUGGACGUGGGAAGUGGCCCGGUCGUUUUCAGCUCGCUCAUUGCCUCCAGUAAAUUCAAGCACAUCGUGCUGAGCGACUUGGUCGAAGGCAACAGGCUGGAACUCAACAGGUGGAUCAACGAUGAAGAAGGCGCCAUUGACUGGAGCCACGCUGCCGAGCAAAUUGCUGCCGUUGAAGGCAAAAGCGACAUCAAGAAGGGAGCGUUGGAAAUAAUCGAGCGCACACGGUCAGCCAUCCGGAAGGUGGUACCCUGCGAUGUGCUGGAGCCCGGGGUGCUCCCAAUGGAACACAGGGAAACCUUCGACGUUGUUAUUUCCAAUGGAUGCCUGGACGCGGCCGCAGCAGACCACGAAUCUUUCCGAAGGGUGAUUUGCAACGUUGCACCACUCGUGAAACCCGGCGGUCUGCUUGUCAUUAUCGGCGCCGGUGGCAUAAAGAGCUAUCCCGUAGGAACCUUUAAUUUUCCUCAUGCGAACCUUACCGAAGACGUACUGAAAGAAGCCGUCACUGAUGCAGGCUUCCAGAUAGAAAGAUACCGGCCCAAGCAGCUUCCGUCUUUGGUGGGAAAUUCAGAGGUAUUUAUAUUUAUCCUGGCGGCACGUAAAACUUGAUUCGGCCCAUAGAGCAGCAAUCAUUUUCUGCAAACUACCUUUCUUUG